AUGAUACCCAAGGGCCAAAAGGUCCGCUUUCGAGCCCCGAGUCACUCCCGUGGGUCUUGUCCAAGGCUAGAGGGGUGCCCGCUGCCCUUUCCACAAGCCACCCGCGCAUCCUCCACUGAGCACGCCCACCAUUCAGCAAGCUCAGUGGAGGAUGAAUCUGAGCGCCCCCCUCCACUCCAUCUGACCUCCAACCCCAACCCGGCACCCUCCUGCGAACAGCCCGCCAGGACCUUGGUGAGGAGGGGUCGUCCCCCAAUCCCCCUCCACGGGAGAAGCGAGGCCCGCAACCCCGGGGUCCCUGGUGCCCCCACCCCACCGAGCCCCGGUCACUCACCGCGCGCGUCGCCUGCCCGCGGGCCCGCUGCGGGGCGGCGCGGAGCCGGUGGCCGGGGUGCUGUGGGCCGCACGUGCCGCGCCGGCCGAGUGCGCUCCGGGCGCGGGUGUUCCGGCGCCUACCCCGCCGCCGGCCCGGGGGUGGGUGCUCCAGCGCCCGGGCGCGCGGGGACGCGAGGCUGGCGGGGCCCGGGCCGUGGCGGUGGCCCGGACAGUCGGCAGAGGGCAAGCGGCUGCGCGGUCAGCGGUGGAAGCCGGCCGGCGAGGCGCGGGUUCCUCCCGGGCGAGCUGUGUCCGUGCGUCCCGGAGCAAGGUAUGACUAGCUGUGAGAGUGACUUGAUCACGGACACAGUAUGAAGCUUGCAAAUAAGAACAGCAUUGCAGAUCAGGCCAAGAGAUGGGGAAGAACUGAGUCUUGAUGCCAUCACCUUGGCUCCUGGGUCAAGAGGUGCUGCUGUGCUGUGCUUGGUUGCUCAGUCAUGUC